AUGGUGAACGCCGCUGUGACAUAUUUUCUCGUCGCGUCCACCGUGGCCGCGCCUUACAGCGCGUCCGCGACUCGUAUACUCGGAGUGUUCACACACCACGGGUACAGCCAUCACAUGGUGUUCUUGCCUUACCUGCGGGCACUGGCGGACCGCGGACACGACGUGCACGUAAUUAGCAAUUUCGGUUCGUCUCACCCAAACAUUACCGACAUCAGCGUCGCGGGCUCCAUGCCCAUGGCCAACAACAAUGUCACGUUCCCAAGCACUGCCGGGCAGUUCGGCAUCGUCGGCACGUUGAAGGACAUGUUCAAUCUGUACGAGAUUGCUAAGUCCACGGAGGCCGUGUUCGACGUACCGGCCGUCAGACGUUUACUCGACGAUCGGACCGUGUCGUUCGACCUGGUCAUCGCCGAGCAUUUUAACAACGAGCUGCCGCUUGGUUUCGCUGCUAAGUACCGCGUGCCGUUCGUUUUACUCAGCAGCUGUCCACUAUUGCCGUGGACCAUGUCAUUGGUGGGCCAGUCACAACUUACGGCAUACAGACCGUCUUUGUUCAGCGGUCUGCCGGAACGCAUGGACCUCGCACAAAGGAUGACCAACACGGCUGUAGCGAUCGUGUCCGCUGCUAUGUUCCGGCUGAUGCACCGGCCCUGGAGCCAACGUACGCUGAGAAAACACUUGGGCCUGGACGUGUCCCUGGACGAGUUGGCGUCCAACGUCAGUCUGGUAUUGGUCAACACGCACUGGUCCUUAAACGGAGUGUCACCGACCAUGCCUGCUGUAAAGGAGACCGGUGGGAUGCACGUCAUGCCGCCGAAACACUUGCCAGCCGACAUCCAGAAAUAUAUUGACGAAGCUGAGAAUGGAGUAAUUUAUUUCUGCAUGGGCAGUUUAUUAAGAGGCGAAACUUUUUCACCCGAAAAAAGACAAAUGUUCUUGAAUGUCUUUAAGAAAAUCCCACAACGCAUUCUGUGGAAAUGGGAAGGAGAACUACCAGGAAAACCGUCCAAUGUAAUGAUUCGCAAAUGGAUGCCUCAACGAGAUAUAUUAGCUCAUCCUAAUGUUAAGCUAUUUAUAUCUCAUGGUGGCCUAUUGGGAACUACCGAAGCUGUAUAUGAAGGUGUUCCAAUUUUAUCAAUGCCAAUUUUCGGUGAUCAAAUGACAAACAUCAAAGCUGUUGUAAGCAAAGGAGCUGCAGAGAUGAUGAAUUACGGAGAUUUGAAUGAAGAUGAUAUUUUUAUAAAAAUAACAUCCAUGCUCACAAAUCCUAAAUACAGACAAAAGGCUAAAGAGUUAUCAGAAGCUUUUCGUGAUCGACCUAUGUCUCCUUUGGAAACUGCAGUGUAUUGGACAGAGUAUGUCAUCCGACACAAAGGGGCGCCGCAUCUUCAGUCUGUUGCCGUCGGUAUGCCAUGGUACCAAUACUAUUUAAUCGAUGUAUUGGUUAUAAUUUUCUUAUCUAUAACAACAAUUUUUGUAUUAUUUUACUACUUAAUUUUCAAAGUUAUUUCUAGAUUAUUGAAUAGAAAAUCUAAAGAAAAACAAUCUUGA